ACGCCUCUGGUGCAAGUUGCAACCCAGUCUUAGCCAAAAGAAACAACCGUAGGAAAUGAAUAUUUCAAUUUAGUUUUGUUUCUCCGUCGGUGUACAACUAAAGCCAUGAAAGGUUACGCUUUUAUUAGGAACUAUUCGGUAACCAUACCGAGGAAGAUUAACUAUAUUAAUGACUUGGAAAAAAAUGCUAUUAAAAUAACUCCAUUCCAAAAACUUAUGUUAUCAGUUGGGUCAGCUGCCGUGUCCCUUUUUGAUCCACAUAGAGGCGACAUGAUAGCUUGUCUCGGGGAGGUUACUGGUGAACAGUCCCUUAGGUACAUGAGAGAAAAGAUGUUGCAAUCGAAUGAAGGAGCUGAGAUUCUCAAAGAUAUGCCUAGAAUCAACACUCAGACUGUAUGCUUUAAAACUUUAUCCCAAUUACCAGAAAAUACUCUUGGAAGGGUGUAUGUGGAUUUUAUGAAAGAAAAUAAUAUAACUGCAGAUUCUAGGUUACCCGUUCGCUUUAUAGAGGAUCCUGAUUUAGCUUAUGUGAUGCAAAGGUACAGAGAAGUACAUGAUUUGGUCCAUGCUACUCUUUAUAUGAAGACUACAAUGUUAGGUGAGGUUACUGUAAAAUGGGUGGAAGGUAUUCAAACAACUCUACCCAUGUGCAUCGGAGGAGGAAUUUGGGGUGCAGCAAGACUGAAACCAAAACAUCGGCAACUAUAUGUGAAUUAUUAUUUGCCUUGGGCUGUAACGACUGGAAUGAAUGCAAAGUUUUUACAAGGUGUGUACUUUGAAAAGAGAUGGGAGCAAGACAUAGAUGACUUUCACAAAGAGAUGAAUAUAGCAAAACUAGUUGUCAAUAAGUAAUCAGUAUUGUUAAAUGUAAAUGUAUGUAGUAGACCAGUGUUUCCCAACCUUUUUCUGCCACGGACCCCUAGGAAAUCAUGUACCUACAGAUUUAGGGACCCCCCUAAUAAAAUAAACAGAAAAAAAAAUCUGUAUGGUCCAGAGACCACAGGUUGGGAAACACUGUAGUAGACCAUAAAAUGUGAUCAGUUAAAAAGUUAUUUGAUUUAUAAUAUAGACAAAUAUUUAAAUUGUAAGGUGAGGUUUUGUAAUAUACAAAGACAUGUUA